CUCUCUCUCUCUAACUAGAAGACUUCUCUCUCUAAAGAGUAAAGACCUCUACCUAUAAGUAAGGCACCCCACCUUUCUUGUUCCCAGUAUCCAAAUCCCAACUUUUCUCUCUUGUUAUUGCUUCUCUUUUUCGAAGCUCUGAUUUGCUUCACCUUUUACAAAGACAACACAUUUCUCAUACACCUUCCAGUUCCAGCCAUGGUUGCUGCUGGAAAACUCUCAGUGGUGGUCGUAAUGGUACUAGUAGCCACCAUUUCCAACUCUGUUUCUACAGAUCCGGAUAUGCUCCAAAAUGUCUGUGUUGCUGAUCUCAAUAAUGCUGUGAAGAUGAAUGGUUUUGCCUGCAAGGCAAACUUUAGCCCAUGGGAUUUCUUCUCUUCCCGUUUGGCAAUGCCAAUGCCCACCAACAAUAUGCUGGGUUCAACCGUGACUCCAGCCAAUGUGAUGCAAAUUCCUGGCCUCAACACCCUAGGUGUCUCCAUGGCCCGCAUCGACUUUGCCCCCGGCGGCCUUAACCCGCCCCACACCCACCCGCGCGCCACUGAGAUCAUUUUCGUGCUCUACGGAGAAUUGGAUGUUGGGUUCAUUACCACAGCCAAUGUGCUUGUUUCCAUGACCAUCAAACAGGGUGACGUAUUUACUUUCCCUAAGGGUUUGGUUCAUUUCCAAAUGAAUAAUGGGAAAGGACCGGCCGCCGCUAUUGCUACGUUCAACAGCCAGAAUCCUGGUGUCCAAGCUAUUGCCGCCACGUUAUUUGCUGCCAUGCCCCCGGUCUCGAACAGUGUGUUGAGUAAGGCUUUCCAGAUAUCAUAUCAGGAGCUUGAUGAAAUCAAGUCAAAGCUUGGAGGAAAGCCCUAGAGGGUGCUUGCUUUGUGAUUUGGGGUGGGUGAGAUAAGGAUUCACGGUUUCAAGAAAAUAAAUAGUGGGUCCGAAAGUAAAUCAAUAUUGUAUUUGAAUCCAUUUACCUAUGUAUUCGGUAUCGUUUCUUGUGUUUACCGAGAAAUAAGACGAGUGUUUUAAAUACCAAUAACAUCUUAUUUCACCCUUUUCCUUUCA